UCUUCACAUUGGAAACGCGGUACACCCAUCUUGCCUGAGUUUGCUGAGCCUCUCCCCAAAUUGGACCACCGCGAUUUCAUUGCUCCCUCACAAUUCCCCCUCCACCGUAUCAUUCAAUGCCCACAGAGGCUACGCCAAGCCUGUGUGCUCCCUCCUGCCUCAGGAGCAGGCCCCCAGCACCCAGCUGCCCGGCUGCCAUGCACAAACAUUACAAAGUCCACUUCGCCAAGGAUGCCCAGAGCCCCAACGGGCACUACUUCUGGGACCCAGAGUUGGGGCACCGAAAAGGAUGCUGUCAUCAGUGGCGCCAGGACUCAGCGGCCCUCCGAGCCCAUGGGCCCUGUCGACCUUCCCCCCAGUCACACUGGCAGCUGGCCUACCACAGCCACCAAGUGGGUGGCAGUGGCUGGCGCCGGGGCCUCCUGCCCUCCGUCCUGCAGCAGCAGCGGCAGCCCCAGUCCCAGCCCUCACCUCCCAGCCCCCUGCGGCAGCGGCUCUGCCCCAUUCACGAAGCCCAGAAGGGGCUGCCUGCAACCUCCACUGUCCCCAAGGAACCUGCCAGCGCCCCUCAGGCGCCCACCUUACCCACCACGGCACCGGCCAUGGCCAGGAGUGGCCCAGCUCUACCCUCCGCGGCUGGCGUCCUCCUGAAGCCCAGCGAGCCCACUGAUGCCCGGCCCCUGCCCGCCCCAGCGGCCUGUGGCUCCUUCACUGCCUACAGCUCCGACAUCCUGACAGAGGAUGACGUCUACUGCAGCUGCCUGGCCAAGACACUCUGCCACGUGCCGGUCCCUGUGACCGUGGGUUUCUAUGCCCCUUUCGGCUGCCGCCUGCACAUGAUGCUGGACAAGAUCACGGCGCUGAUGCAGCAGGAGGCCGCGCAGCGCGAGAGCGAGGAGCUGCAGCACGUGCAGUGGCGGCCGCGUGCGGUGAGCGGCUGGGGCGUCCCGCAGCUACUGUGGUACCUGGUGUUCCUGCAGCCCAUCAUCACCGAGGUGCACCUGCGGCGCAGGAACGUGCAGUUCCUUUUCAUCCGCUUUAGCGCCUGGCAGUACGCGGGCACCGACAAGCUGUGGGCCGGCCUGGUGACCACGUUGUGCGAGGGCAUCCGCCACCACUAUGGCGCACUGCCCUUCAGCGUGUACUCGGUGCUGGGCAACAAGCCGGCCACCAGGCAGGACUGCUGCCAGAGCGAGUGGCAUUGUCGGCGCCGCGUGUGCCUGGGGCUGCUGGCGCUGCUGGCGGCGCUGGGCCUGGGUGUGGGGCUGCUCUACUUGUCGCUGGGCGGCCACGCGCUGGGCCACGGCAGCCCGAGCGGCAGCCUGCUCAAGGUGUUUGGCGGCGCGGCCACCACACUAUCGGGCUCGGGGCUGCUCAUGGCCGUGUACUCAGUGGGCAAGCACCUGUUCGUAAGCCAGCGCAAGAAGAUCGAGCGGCUGGUGUCGCGUGAAAAGUUCGGCAGCCAGCUGGGCUUCAUGUGCGAGGUGAAGAAGGAGGUGGAGCUGCUCACCGACUUCCUGUGCUUCCUGGAGAUCUACCAGCGGCGCAGGCUGCGCGUGGUGCUGGAGGUCACCGGGCUGGACACGUGCUACCCGGAGCGCGUGGUGGGCGUGCUCAACGCCAUCAACACGCUGCUGUCCGACAGCCACGCGCCCUUCAUCUUCAUCCUGGUCGUGGACCCCAGCAUCCUGGCCGCGUGCCUAGAGAGCGCGGGCAACAUGAAGGGCACGGCCGACAACGGCUACCUCUUCCUCAACCGCACUGUCACGCUGCCCUUCUCUGUGCCCAUUAUGGGCCGCCGCACCAAGCUGCAGUUCCUGCACGAUGCGGUGCAGAGCCGCGACGACCUGUUGUACCGCGAGAUGACGCGCAAGCCGUGGCUGCCGGGGGACGCCGGGGGCGAGAGCGCGCAGCUGCUGGCGGUGCAGGCGCAGGCGGGGACGGAGCGCGGGCAGGGCCGCAUCGACGCCGAGGCGGCGCGGCGAAUCCAGGAGGCGCUCUUCUGCCUUCACGACGAGCGCGACUGCCUCUACGAGUACGUGCCCGACAACGUGGUGUCCAUGCGGCGCAUCGUCAACACCGUGCCCAUCACCGUGCGCCUGCUGCAGCUGCAGCAGCAGCAGCAGCAGGGGGACUUUGGGGGCCCCACGCCGCGCCAGGCGGUGGCGUGGGUGGUGCUCGCCAACCAGUGGCCGUGCCGCCUGAGCUGGGCGCUGCAGUGCCUGGAGGACCGGCAGCAGACCGGGGGCGCGCCCGAGGGCCGCGCGCGCCUCUGGGACGUUUUCCGCGACAACAGCCGCGAGCUGCACACCAUGACCAAGGCGUUGCAGAACGUGCUCGACCUGGACGGCGACCCCGAGCUCUUCGAGCGCUUCCUGGGCGCCGACUUCCCCUUCACCGUGGCCGAGGCGCAGAGCCUGCUGCGCUGCACGGUCAACCUGGACCACUCCAUCCGCCGGCGCAUGGGUCUCAUCCGAGCCGUCAGCGCGCUCAAGCCGCCCAGCCCGCCCAAGUCCCCUACCCGCGAUACCCCCCACGCUGCCCACCGGGCCAACAGCGCCUCCAGGGCGCCCCUGUCGGGCCGUGCCUCAGGGCAAGCCGGCGAAGGCCACCACGCUGGGGACUUGGCCCACAGGGGCAAGCUAUGGCCGGUGGCCUGUGCGCUCUUCCGUCCAGGGCAAUCCAGCCCAGGUGGGCCUUAAAUGGAGGACUUGGCGGGCAGCAGGAGGCAAGGGUUCCUCCAUCUGCCCAGAUGGGAGAAUAGGGGGCUGGACUGGGGCCGCAACCCAGGGUCCGAAUGAGCCCUGUGAGGCCCACACCCCCAGGUGAACCUGAGCCAGAGCCGUGGACAUAGCUUCCAAGGAGUGCGGCCACGAGCCGGUGCCAGCAUGAGAGCAGGCACAGAAGGACCAGUGAGGAAGUCAGGGUAUACAUGCAAUAAAUGGAGGUGUUGAGAGCCCGGAGUUGCUCUCCGCAUCCUGAUCUGACCAGGGACCAGGCCUGCCCCAUCUUGCCACAGGGCCUGCCCCAUCCUGCUAAGCCCACUUACUCCUCUGCACCAUGCUGGCCUCCUCAUCUGGCAUCUCUGUGGCAGGAGAGGCUGCGGGGGUGGUGGGUGAGGCUGCAGAGAUGACAGGUGGAUGGGCCGGGUUGACUCAGGCAACAUGGAGCGCCCAGGCCUCAGGGAAUCCCAGUCCUUGUCCCCAUGCCCUAGCUUGCCCCUCUGUGAGUAGGGCAGGGGCUGGCAUUUCUGAGGAUGACCUCGGUGACCUCAGCAAGCUGCUCCACCCCUAGGGUGGCUCCAUUCUCAACGUAAUGGGUCAAUUAGACCUCGCUGGCACCUCAGCCAGCUGGAGUGGGUGGCACUAACCUCCCCCAGACAAAUAACUGUCCACAGGGUACCUGCCUUACGAGUCACUCCAGGGCCACUGGUUAGUCACUGACACUGAAGCCACUGCAUCAGCCCCCUGAUGAGGACAGGGAAGUUGGGCAGAGAUGGGGACAUACAGGGCCCAAGCCACAGCCAUCCAGGAGGGGUUACACUAGGGCUCCCCACCUUCCCUCUGGGCAGAGCCCUGGGCUGGGGGUGGGUGUCACUCCUCUGGGCAGUUCCUGAUUCCUCACUGGUCAAAUGUUCAGCCACACGCUCAGGCCCUGGGGUGCCUGGCCCAGUUCCAAGUGUGUGCCGGCAGGGGCCACAAGGGCCAACACUGAACAUACCCUGGGAUGAGGCUGAGGGUGUGGCUUCUGAGCCAGGGCCCUGAGGCUGGUGGAGGGGACAGCCCCCGAGGAACCUGAGAGCUCUGCAAAGGCACCCACCCUCAGGCCAUGGGACUGGGUCACUGACCUCACAGUUCUUUAGUUCCAAGGCUGGGCAUAGCAUCCAGGUCUGGCUGCAGCACCGGAGUUCUCUGGCCACAGCAAUUGUCACAGGUGCAUGCAGGUCAGUGGGAGCCCUCCAGGAUCUUCCCUGGGGCUGGGCAAGCAGAGGUGCUGUUUCCCAUUCCUGGACUAAGCUGGUAGGAUACGCCUGGAUCUCCUGGGAGCUGUUUCCCAGCAGUCAGGGAGAGCUGGCCUCAGAGGGAGAAGGAUGGGGCCUCGUGACACCGUUAAGUCUGUUUCUGUAGAUGUGUGGUUGGGGUCAAUAUAUCCCUGUAGCCUCCCUUAAGCCAGUUUCAGUUGGGUUUGUUUCUUACCACCUGGAAUCCAAGCUGAAAAUAAAUUUUCACUCCUGUUACCAGGAGUGGGGUGCUGUGA